AUGACAGGUCGGAUUCACAAGAAGCCCGAUAAGGCUCUUACCGCUCAUGUCUUGGCAACGGUCUGGCAGCUGACAGUCGAUGUUCUCAAGUUCAAUGGCGGUGAUAAGUAUAUGGGAUUUGGCAGUAUUGAAUUCAUGUAUCGUAAUACACUGGAAGGAGAGUUAAGCCGUUUGUAA